CGUUAUGGUCUCUGAUGGAUAGUCCGAUGCUUCCCGGGUAAAAAUCAGUGAUGGGGCCAAGUUUUUAAACCACAUCAUUUGUCUGUCCAAGUACUAUUUCACGGGUUUUACAGCCUUAUGAAAAACCGAAAACUCGUGUCUUCAUCGGUAAAUUGUUUGUGCUUACUUUGUAAAACUUAUACUGUGGAAGCGGCGCAAUAAGGGACUAUCUUUUUUGCGAUUUCAAUAAUUAUGUUUCUUUUUCUUGUUAUAUUGCAUGAGAAACAGUCAAUUGAUUUCAAUGUCAACGGGGAGUUUGAAAAGCUUAGGAUCUAUGAAAAUACACGUAACGCGGGUAAUUUAAAAUCGGCGCAAGGGCUGUGUGAAUUACAAGGAAACAAACAGGAUUAAACGAUAGACGGUUAAUUUUAGAAUAUCGCUGAUGCCGUUGGCCACGACCACAACAGACGAACAGUGGUUCACGAUUCGAGAGAAAGGACAGUAAACGAGAAACAGUUUCUGGUGAAACGAAGUGAGAGAGGAUUGUGGGUAUAUCAUUCAAAAGUCGUUGUUGGGUUCUUCCGUUUCACGUGGGAUACGAUUGUGUGACACUGCUACUCAAAUACUGAUUAAAAAUCAUGGAGGAAGGACAUGUGAAAAAGAACCAGGAUCCAGAAGAUGAGGAAAUAGAGCAAAAUGAGGAUGGAACGUUCGAUGAGUCAAGAUUUCCAGAAGCACUGGAGCGUACACAAACCGGUCGCAAAACGAGUAUCUUCAAAUAUUAUUCGUUCAAUGAGAAAGAUACAAUGUCUAACUUGACGAAAAAACCGGGUCCCCUUAUUGGAGUAAUUGAUGUUGGAACGCGGACUGUUCGCUUUGUGGUAUUCAACGCAAAACACGUGGCUGAAGUAGCAUCUCAACAAAUCGACAUAGAACAAAUAAGUCCACAGGAAGGAUGGAUAGAACAGGAUCCGAAGGAAAUUAUUUUUGCGGUAAAGACCUGCAUCAAAGAUGUUAUUCGGAAAAUCGACGUACUCGGGUUAAAGGUAGACGAAAUAGUAACAGUCGGUAUUACGAAUCAAAGAGAAACUACCGUUGUUUGGGAUGCAGUGACCGGUGAACCGUUAUAUAAUGCAAUAGUGUGGUCCGAUAUAAGGACAAAUCCGAUUGUUGAUCAGAUAAUAGCCAAAUUUCCCGAUCAAAGUAAGAAUCAUAUCAAACCAUUAUGCGGUUUGCCAGUGAGUCCGUAUUUUUCGGCAUUGAAAAUUCGUUGGAUAAAAGAUAACGUACCUACGGUUAGGAAAGCGAUGCGGGACAAAAGAUGUAAAGUGGGAACGAUGGAUACCUGGGUCGUUUGGAACUUAACGGGAGGUAAAGACGGUGGAUUGUAUAUCACUGACGUAACAAAUGCAUCGAGGACCAUGUUAAUGAACAUAGAAACCCUUUCAUGGGAUCCCACGUUAUGCAGAUAUUUCGACAUUCCUAUACAAAUAUUACCAGAGAUUAAGAGUAGCGCCGAAAUUUACGGGAACAUUGCGAUUGGUCCAUUGAAGGGCAUUCCUAUAUCUGGUAUUUUAGGGAAUCAGCAAUCAGCGUUAGUCGGACAAAAUUGUCUAAAGAAGGGACAAGCGAAAAAUACGUAUAGAAGUGGGUGUUUUUUGCUCUGUAACACGGGUACAACACGAGUGUACUCCUCACAUGGAUUAGUCACAACGGUGGCAUAUCAAUUCGGUCCAAAAAGUCCAGCUGUUUAUGCAUUGGAAGGUUCAAUUGCAGUAGCAGGUUCUGCUAUUAAAUGGUUACGAGAUAAUAUGAAACUUAUACAGAAUGUUCAUGAAAGUGAAAAAUUGGCUCAAUACGUUUUUAGUACCGGCGAUGUGUAUUUUGUGCCAGCUUUUACAGGAUUGUAUGCCCCAUAUUGGAGGAAAGAUGCCAGGGGAAUUAUUUGUGGUCUUACUACGUUUACAACAAAAGAGCAUAUAAUAAGAGCAUCAUUGGAAGCUGUUUGUUUUCAAACAAGAGAUAUUUUAGAAGCUAUGUACAAAGAUUGUGGUUUUCCACUGACGAAACUAAACACAGAUGGAAAAAUGUCAACAAAUAAUCUUCUCAUGCAGUUGCAAGCAGACCUUUCUGGCAUGCCAGUAUUUAGGUCAACAAUGCCAGAUAUUACGGCGUUAGGCGUUGCAAUGGCUGCAGGUCAUGCAGAAGGUAUUGAUGCUUGGGAAUUGGAAGGUGAAGCAGUAGAAACAGUACCGACUGAUACAUUUUUACCAACUACAACACCAGAAGAGAGAGAUGCGAGGUAUAAAAAAUGGAAGAUGGCAGUUGAAAGAAGUUUAGGUUGGGCGGCAAUAAAGAAAUCUGAUCAAAUGACAGAUGAAAGAUAUUAUGUGCUGGCAUCGAUUCCUGCAAGCUGGUUCUUAAUGACAAGUUUCAUUUUACUACGAUUAAGUUAUUAUUUCGAAAACCGGUGA